AUGACCGGCCCCACAGCCUCGUCGGCCGGAGAGAGCCUUUCUCUGCCCGGAGCUCAUGGCGGCCACAGAACCGGGCCCGAACGAGGCUCCGGGCUCAACUUCAGAAGCUGGUCUGCCUCCCUUCGCAAUGAGGCCGGCAGCCUCCGAGACCGCCUGGCAGGGGGUUCCUCACAGCGGGCCCAGUCGGCGAGUUGGUGGAAGAUCCGAUUCUUUCGCGGCAUGAUUAACGAUCUCCGUCGGAGAACUCCUUACUACUGGAGCGAUUGGACAGAUGCAUGGGACUACCGAGUCGUACCGGCGACUAUCUACAUGUAUUUUGCAAACAUCCUCCCAGCCCUGGCAUUCUCGCUUGAUAUGUUCACCAAGACGCACGAAAAUUACGGCGUGAAUGAGGUGCUACUAUCCUCCGUCCUCGGCGCCGUCGUCUUUGCCUUCUUCGCCUGUCAACCUCUGGUCAUCGUGGGCGUGACGGGACCCAUCACUGUCUUUAACUACACCGUCUACGACAUUAUGCAACCGACAGGCGUCAACUAUCUUGCAUUCAUGUGUUGGAUCGGUCUUUGGUCGCUUGUCUUCCACUGGAUCCUGGCCGUUACCAACUCUUGUAACUGGCUGCGAUAUGUCACCCGGUUCCCAUGCGACAUCUUUGGCUUCUACGUCGCCUUCAUCUAUCUCCAGAAGGGAAUCCAGGUGCUCGAGCGCCUCGGCUCUGAGGAGCCGUUCUAUCUCUCCAUCUUCAUUGCCAUCAUGGUCUUCAUGGUGGCGUAUGUCUGCGGUGAGCUUGGCAGCAGUAGCCUCUUCAAACACCCCAUCCGAGUCUUCCUCAAAGACUACGGUACUCCCCUGACACUCAUUUUCUUCACCGGCUUCGUCCACAUUGGACGGAUGAAGAACGUGCAGCUGGAGGUGCUGCCGACUUCCAAGGCCUUCUUUCCGACCGUGGACCGCGGCUGGCUUGUCGACUUUUGGAACAUCGGAGUUGGCGAUGUCUUUCUGGCCAUCCCUUUCGCGAUCCUACUUACCAUUCUCUUCUACUUCGAUCACAAUGUCUCAUCCCUCAUCGCCCAGGGCACCGAGUUUCCCCUCAAGAAGCCAGCCGGCUUCCACUGGGAUCUCUUCCUCCUGGGCCUCACCACGGGCGUCGGCGGCAUCCUCGGCCUCCCCUUCCCCAACGGCCUCAUCCCCCAAGCGCCCUUCCACACCGAGUCGCUCUGCGUGACGCGCAUGGUCCAGGACGAGGACGAAGGCGGCGAGAACAAGGGCCACUUCCGGCCCAAGGCCACCCACGUCGUCGAGCAGCGCGUCUCCAACCUCGCCCAGGGCCUCCUGACCCUCGGCACCAUGACGGGGCCCCUCCUGCACGUCCUGCACCUCAUACCCCAGGGCGUCCUGGCGGGCCUCUUCUUCGUCAUGGGCGUCCAGGCCCUCGAGGCCAACGGCAUCACGGCCAAGCUGCUCUUCCUCGCCCGCGACGCGCCCCUGACCCCGGCCUCGCACCCGCUGCGCCGCCUGCCCCGCCGCGGCGCCCUCUGGGCCUUUGUCGCCGUCGAGCUCGUCGCCUUCGGCGCCACCUUUGCCAUCACGCAGACCGUCGCCGCCGUCGGGUUCCCCGUCUUCAUCCUCGCGCUCAUCCCCGUGCGCGCCGUGCUGCUGCCCCGCUGGUUCGGCGCCCGCGAGCUGGCGCUGCUCGACGCGCCGACGGCGAGCCCGUUUACCAUGGAGAGCGUGGGCGGUGCGUUUGGCGGCGGCGGCGUGCUCGACGCCGACGAGGGCGUGGGAGGGUCCGGCGGCGAGAACGACGGCAGCGACGGCAAGUCUGACCGUAGUGGGCCGCGCGGAGGAGGUCUGUUCAGGAGCGGCGAGACGACGGCGUCGGCGAGCGAGAUGGCGCUCGGAGGAGGAGAACGGGUGGAGGGCAGCGGGAGGCGCAGCGAGGAGGAGUUGGCGGAGCUGGGCGAGAACAGGAACAUGCUUUCGUCACCGCCUGGCGCAUCCGGGGGUUCGGGCACGACAACGAGGAGGAGGGCCAGCGCUGCUGGGCGGGACGCGAGGGCCGAGGGCGUCGCGAUCGAGAUGCAGAGGAUGGGCGUCAAUAGACGGGGUCAGCCGUCGAGACCGUAA